AUGACUCAACCUGCCAUUGAUCCCUCCACUCUCUUUGCACAAUUUGCCCCUGAAUUGCAUUUCGAGAACCCUGUACCGAUAACCCACGGCAACGAUCCAGACACUUGGUACCUGAUCGCUGAACAGAUCGUUCCCACGAGCAAAAUUGAGUUUUGGGCAACCAUUAAACGAUGGACUGAUGAACCCCAACAUGUCAUUCCACCGGUUGAAAAGGCCAAUCGACUCGAUCGAUCCACUGAGAGUAUCAUCUACAGACACCUUGUUCCAAAACGCAAGUCCAAAGAUGACAUCUUCACCGAGAUUGUCACUUACCAAGAGGAAAGCAAUCGCGUGAUUUAUCAACCGGAUCAAGGUCAAUCAUUACCAUUCUAUUAUCCAAAGGUCAAAUCGUACAGCUUUGUAUAUAUUGAAUCGCCUAGCAGCGAACAGGAAGGCACAUUACGGCUAGAGAUCAUCCCAUUGGAUACUCCUGCAAUUGAGGAUAAAAAGAUGCAAUACGCCCUCAAGACGAUUUUCCACAAGCUCUUUAAAUGGUGCAUUCAAGCAAGGAUUGGAUACAAAAAGAAGGCAUUCCACGAUGUUCUCGUUCCCAAGGAUACCUACACCGACAUGUACCAAAAACUCAAAUCAAAAUAUGCACAAGAUCUUGUCAAAGGGUGGACAGAAAAGACGGAUCCUUCCAAAUUCGUAUUUGAAGACAUUGCUAUUGCGAGUUAUCUUAUUUGUUUGUGGCAACAGGAGGAAAGAAAACCUCGUUUCGUCGAUCUUGGUUGUGGCAAUGGGCUCUUGACAUACUUGUUGGCGAGCGAAGGAUAUCAAGGCUAUGGGAUUGACAUUGCUGAAAGAAAAAUAUGGUCCAAGCUUCGAAAUGGCAACAAUGAUCUGUUAAGAGUGCAAUCGCUUUAUCCGUCGCAGUCCACAUUCCCGGAUGCCGAUUGGUUGAUUGGAAAUCAUGCUGAUGAACUUGUACCAUGGAUACCAGUUAUUGCUCACAAAUCGAGUCCUCAAUGCAAGUUCUUUGUGAUACCAUGUUGCUUUUACGCAUUGGAUGGCACUCGCACAUUGGCAUUGGGCGGAGCACCAGAAGGCAAAUACAAGGCGUACACAAAUUAUAUCAAAGGAAUCAUUGGUCAAUGUGGAUUUGAAUGCGAAGAAGAUUAUUUAAGGAUUCCCAGCACCAAGAACAUUGCCCUUGUUGGACGACGACGACGACAAUUGGCCACUAGCGAUAUGGAUGUGAAAGCACUUGAAGAGAAUGGAUCAGCGUUUGUGCCUCGCAAGAGUGAUCGUGAAAAGGAAGAGAUUAGAAGGAGCUUGAAGCGCGCUAAAAUAGAAAGACAAGAGGAUUCACUGUAG